AUGGCCAAAGACGAGUACGAGCCUCCCCCUUGCCAAACGCCCAGUGCUGCGGUGUAUCUUUACAUUUCUAAUGGUUGCGAUGUAUCUAACCGUUUCUUCUUCUCCCGGCAGCUCCCCAUUUGUACAGACGAGUUUGUAAAAUCUGGACAUUGCAAUACCACUGAUAUCGGCGAGUUCGUUGUUUCUCACAAUGCCACCGAGAAGUCAAACGCCCUCAUCUUGACAAAGGCUGUCCACCUCAAAGACGCGGGUCCGGUUCACUAUUCCCUGAAGAAGACCGGAUAUUACUGUGUUGUCACACAGGGCUACACCAUCGACAAGUACAACGCCGUUGUUGAAUUCCGAAAUGCUUACGGUGAAUUACAAGCCACCCAGAUUCCCAAACUCCCCUUCUACGGCGCAAUGUCCAUCAUUUACGCGCUCAUGGCGGGAUACUGGGGCUUUCUGUACUAUCAACAUCGUCAUGACAUCUUGGCGGUCCAAAACUACAUUACGGCGAUAUUAGUCUUUCUGGUAGUGGAAAUGCUCAUUACAUGGGGCUAUUACGAUUUCCAAAACAACGGAGGCUCUGGCGUGGGAUCAAAGGCCUUCCUCAUUGUAGUCGGCAUCCUGAAUGCUGCACGGAACUCUUUCUCAUUCUUCCUCUUGCUCAUUGUAUGCAUGGGAUAUGGUGUCGUCAAGCACACUCUGGGGCGUACCAUGAUAUAUGUUCGAUGGCUCGCGGCUGCUCACUUUGUCUUUGGCCUGGUCUACUCCAUCACCAGUCUUGUUGUCUCACCUGAAAGUGCUGGCCCGUUUGUUCUCCUCAUCGUCCUGCCUCUGGCCGGAACGCUGACAGCAUUUUAUGUGUGGACUCUCAACUCUCUCAACUUGACUCUUAAGGAUCUUCGAGAGCGAAAGCAGCAUGCAAAGGAGGCCAUGUACAGAAAACUUUGGUGGUCGAUUCUUAUCAGCAUCAUUGUCAUCUUUGCCUUUUUCUUCUUCACAAGCUUCACUUUCGCCUCCAUAAAUGACCCCGACUUUGUCCCAAAUCAUUGGAAAUCACGGUGGUUUGUCCUGGAUGGCUGGCUAAACAUUGUCUACUUUGUGGACGUUGCAUUCGUCGCCUACAUAUGGCGCCCUACCGCUAACAAUCGUCGUUUUGCUAUGAGUGAUGAGAUAGCUCAAGAUGACGAUGGAAAUUUCGAGAUUGGUGACAUUGGCGUCCCCGACGAUUGGGAUGAUGAUGAAGAGGCCGAGGCUGGCAAGAAUCAGCCUCACCCACCGCCAGUCACGGGAAUCACGAGUUCUGCUCCGACUCGACCGGACCGUCAUCAGCAGAACUCCACGCGAAGCAUCCCGCGAGAGUCUAUUGAUGGGGAGACUAUUUUUGCUGUAGGAGAGGACGGCGACAGGUUCUCAGAUGAUGGAAGUGACGAAGAGAACGCCAAGCUUGUAAAUAAGCGAUAG